AUGGAGGAGAAAUCAAAACUCAAGUACCUUAGUGCACUGGAGAAAGAAAGGAGUGCCAGAGCAGAUGUAUGCAGUGGAAGGAAGUUUUUUAUUACGUUUCCAUAUCCGUAUAUGAACGGGAAGCUGCAUCUAGGACAUUUGUUUUCAAUAUCAAAGGCAGAUUUUUUUAGCUACUACAAGGAGCUUCAAGGAUACAACGUGCUGUUUCCGUUUUCUUUCCAUUGCACAGGCAUGCCAAUAAGUGCAUCUGCAAAGAAGCUUGAGGAUGAGCUUAAUGGAAAGGCAGUAGAUGUGUCUGUCAAGAAGAUAAUCGAAGGCUUUGAGUUUAAGGAUCCAGAGCCGUUUACAGAUCCGAUGCAUUGGAUAAGGACGUUUCCUGGCCUUUGCGAGAGCUCUUUGCGGAAGUUCCAUGCAAACAUUGACUGGAGAAGGUCGUUUAUAACCACAGACUUGAAUAAGUACUAUGACUCGUUUGUGAAGUGGCAAUUCAACAGGCUGAACAGGCUGGGGUAUCUGUCGUUUGGGAAGAGGCACUCAAUAUUUUGUCCUGUUGACGAGCAGCCAUGCCAGGAUCAUGACCGUAGGAAAGGAGAGAACGUAAAGCCCGUGAUGGCGAUUUUGUGCAAGCUAAGGUUUGGCGGGGGCGUUCUUCUUUCAAGGAUGAAGGAGGGAUGUGUUCCAGGCAAGCUGAUUGUUGGAUGGAAGAAGGAGAUGGUUGGUUUUGAAUACAAUGGUGUGAAAUGCUUUGCAGAGAGAAAUAUUUUUGAUAACAUACGAAUGCAGGCAGGUGUUGAUGCAGCUGAUGGAGAUACAGGAAGGAGUGGCAGCGAGGUACCGAGGAAUAUUGAUAUUACAAAUCUUUGCAAGCAUAUGUUUAUGGUGUUUGGCAGAGAAGUGAAGUGUGAAGUCAUUGAAAAGGAUCUUGGAUGUAUUGUGAAGGGGAUGCAGACUGAUGCGGACGAGAAAUGCAUCGAUACGAUCAAAAGGGAGUUUGAGUUAAUACAAAAGAUGGAGGAUAGCGAUGGAAGGCUUGCAGAGACAGAAAAUUUCAUCAGAUUCUAUGAGCCCGAAGACGAGGUAAUAAGUAGAUCUGGAGGGAAGUGUGUGGUUGCACUAACGGAUCAGUGGUAUGUGAACUACCACGAUGAAAAAUGGAAGAAGGAAGUGUGGAAAUGCAUGGAGAGACUGGAAUGUACCGAGGAUACAAGGAAGAUUCUUGAAGAGGCACAUGGAUGGAUAGGCAGAUGGGGAUUCUCUAGGUCGUUUGGACUAGGCACAAGAAUACCUUGGGAUGAAAAAUACCUGAUUGACUCGCUUAGCGAUAGCACGAUCUACAUGGCAAUGUAUACAUUUAAGCACUUUCUUUACAGUGAUCUGGAGGGGAAGGAGGAGAUAUUUCCAAGCAUGCUGCUGUCGGACGAUGUGUGGAAUUACAUUUUCUUGAAGAGAGAAAUAACGCCUGAGCUUGCACUGCAUGAAGAAGUGCUAAAGAAGUGCAGAGAGUCUUUUGAAUACUUCUAUCCAGUGGACCUACGUGUCAGUGGGAAGGAUCUACUAAAGAACCACCUUGUGUUUUUUCUGUUCAACCAUGUUGCGCUGUUUGAUGAAGAAUACUGGCCUCGGAGGAUAUUUACGAACGGGCAUUUAAUGCUGAAUUCUGAAAAAAUGAGCAAGAGCUCUGGAAACUUCCUGACGGUCGAUGAGUCUCUGAAGAAGUUUGGGGUGAGCUCCACAAGAAUGUGCCUUGCAGUAUGUGGAGAUGGAAAUGAGGACGCAAACUUUGUGGAGUCGAAUGCUAACUCUUUUGUUCUGAAGCUGCAUUCGUAUGUUAGGCAGAUCGAGGAGCUGUGUUCAAACAGCACAGACAGGCUGUGCAUCUCUAAGAUCAUCAGUGAGUAUCCAGAGAUGGGAUUUGCAGACAGAUUCCUGAUACAGACCAUUUCUGCAAAUGUUUCAUGCACUAUCCGGGCACACGAAGAAAUGAUGUAUCGCGACGUAGUGAAGUAUGGAUUCUAUGAAAUGAUACAUGCAAAGGAGAUGUACCACAUACUUGGAGGGAAGAGUGCUUCUCUUGUUAUUCUGCUGUACAAAUCAAUCUCACAGCUGCUCUAUCCGAUAACGCCAUCACUAUCCAGGCAUCUUAUUGCAACCUACUUUGAUUCUGACUUUUCGCUUCCUCCUGUGUUUGUAUUGGACACGGAUGAAAUCGAUGCAGUAGCGUAUCUCAAAAGCACACUAAGAAAGCUGGCUUUACAAACGAAAAAGAAGAAGUAUUCAAGUGUGGAGAUUUUAGUGGGAGUGGAAUACACAGAGUGGAAGAGAAGAUGCAUGGGCAUAGUUGAUCAGAUUCUAUGUGAAUGCAAGCUUGCAGAUAUCAACAUUUCUGAUGAGAUUAAAAAGCCAGACUCACUCCUGCUUUCCAAAGUCAUAAGCUCAUCAAAAGAGGUUCUUAAGGAGUUUGGGAUCCCUGAACAGAGGGGAAUAUCAUUCUCAAUGGACUACCUUGCUCGUCCAGAGUGCUACACAACAAAGUUCAAUGAGUACAAGGUCUUGGAGUCUUACAAGCACUAUAUUGCGGACAAUGCAGGCAUGGAGGUGUUUAUUUGUGUUAGCUCCAGAGCAGACCCUGGGAAUCCUCUAUUUGAGUUCAAAUAA